CGCACAUCCGUCGAAGGCCGUGACGUCACGGCUUACCUGUAAGUGGGCGUCGGAGUUACCUGUAGCCGCAGGUAAAACACGGCGCGCGGGGCGAAGCAGCGAAGCUGACCGAUCGAAGCUCUGGAGCGACCUGAAAGCGCGUGUCGCGCGACCAAAUCGACGCCGUUUGAGCCGUUUUCAGUCAGCGCCGAAGCCCGACGGAGAUCGAUGAAGCGGAGGCGAUAACGCGUCGGAAGGAACGUAUUUCGCUCUCGGACUACUUCCGCGAUCCUCAACGCCAGAAGUUGCGCUCAAAACGACCGAAGAUUUCACGCGAGCCUAUGCGGUCCUGAAUGUGGUGAGCUAUGCCUGGCCACAGCACAGGAUCACAUCACAAGACGCGUCCUCAUAGCUCGAGCCGCUCCAGGGCCGAUGGCUACAGGCAAAGCCGCACCUACUCCAAGGACAGCAGCACCAGUCAAGACACCUACAAGGAGAACUACAGCGAGCAACCUCGUAGCAUAGACUCGCAGUUCCCCCGUAAAACCCAUCCCCUCUACGCCAAUGGACGAGGCUCGGAAACCCUGGGCUUCAUCCCAGGCUCCGCCGACUCUCCUCAGGGUACUCAAGCCUGCGGCUCAUGCGCCUCUCUCGGCUGGAGCAGCUGCAAGGCUCUGCUGUGCUGCAUUCUGACUUGUGGGCUUUACGGGUCUCGCAAACCUUGCCUGCCGGCCAACGAGAGCUCCACCGACCACCCUUUAAAAGCCGAGCCGGAACCGAGGAAGCCUAACGGAUUGGCUCUGUCCAACCCCACGUGCGGCGUGAGCCUCGAGCCGAGCAAACCCAGGCAACUGCCGAGCUCUGGUAGCUUCCGCUACGGCGACGUUUAUUUUGCCGGCAAAAAAGUGGAGUACCCGGUCAACUCCGAGGCGCCUCCGAGGCGCACCCGCACGGCUGGGAAGGGCGACAACAACCAGCGUCCCGUCAGCAAUACCAGCAUCUACUCGAGGGAGGAUUUGGAUCUGGACGACCUGGACGACGGCGGCACCGACAUCGACUCGCUGAUCACCAAAAAGCUCCUGGAACUUUAUAAAAUGCACCAGAUCGAGCAGCUUGCCAAAUGCACGUCCGAUGUGUCCUUCUCCCGGAAAACCAACGAGAUCAGCGAUCUGAUCAACAGCAUCGCUCAGGACUACAACUUGGAGGAGCAGGAAGCCGAGUGUCGAUUGGUGCACGGCGUCAUACGCAUCAGCACGCGCAACAAGUCCUCCAAAGGUUAUAAGAGCAAAGACUAUAAGUCGCACGACGCAAUGCAGCACACUAACGGGAGGCGGGACGGGACGCUGCCCGACAGCGGGAACGAGACCAUGACCUUCACCUUUAGCGAUGGCGAACCCGAGGUGCUAGUGUCAGAACUGACACCGUCAGAUGAGCUCGCCCGAAAGAUGAGAGGCCACAGCGGGAAACAUUACUACUCGAGCUCGGCCACCGACUCGUCAGGCGCUCCGCUGCUGCGCUAACUCACCGGCUGCUCCCUCGAAAUGACUACUGCCUACCUAGUGUUCACCUCUGUCCUGGUGCUCCUCUCAUAUUUCAGUGCAAGCAGUUAUUAUGCUGAGGACAGUUUGUGUUUGUCUGAAUGCCCAAAGACUUCUGUCGUGAGUGUAAUGUUAAACAAAGGGGCCUGUUGCAAGACAACAAUGGCUUCCUACUGCCCUAGCCAGAAGCCAUGUGGAUUGUUACAUAACGGACGAGCUUCCUGACCAAACCAUUGGCAUCAAAGGGCAUCUAAGUAUUGCUUCCAAUUGUACUUUUAGAGACCAAGCGUGUAAAUAUGCAUGUAUUCGGCACUGAUUAAUAGCGACAACGAGACUUAAACUAGUUGCUAUUCAUCGGACCGCUUCGCUCUAGUAGCCCGUCCUUCAAGUGUUGCCUCCGAUGAACAAUCUGUCCACUUUGUUCUUUGCUUAAGCGAUUAAAUGCAAUUUAAUGUUGUUUUGAGACCGUUCGCGGUCACCCACCUCUGUAUGGUGUAACAUCAGUUUCGAAAUAUUUUGUACAGAUUUUUUUUUUUUUUUUUGUAUUGAAAUAAAAAGGGAGUUUCCUCUCGUUUUUGUUUUUAUUAA